CUUAGGAAAAAUAAGGGUACAUACUUGCAUAGUGCUCGGUAGUGACAUAUGUGACUAAUUUUUAACCGAACUAUAUAAUACGCUUAUCCGUAAUGUUCUAAUUUUUCUCUUCUGACAGCGUCCAUUCUAUUUCCAAUCAUGGCAUCUAGCGCGCUUGAAGAAAAAAUCAAUAAAAUUAGGCAACAAAAUGAAGAAAUUAGAAGAAGAUAUGAGGAAGUGGAAGAGGAUAAAAAGAAUGCAGCAAAAUUAAAUGCUUUGGUGCAAAUGGUGCCAUCGUCAGACUGGCCAGAAAGAAGGGAACCCCCAGAAUUUUCAAAUCCGCCUAAAACCAAACAAAAACCAGUCAAAGAAAAACAAGAGUACAUACCACAAUCUCACAUUAUCGAAGGAAAGAAGAUACACACAUUUGCUCAAGGAGAAGGGCCACCACCAGAUCCUAAAUACAAUUUUCUGGCUGAUUCAGAGCGAGAAGAACCAGGCAUGGAGCAUGCAAAAGAAACUUCUGGAAAUAGAUCUCACAAUAAAGUAAUAAGAGGCAGUUUCAGGAAGAAAACUGGUGGAAGAGAGAGCACACAGAAAGAUAAUAAAGUAUAUAAAGGAAACUACAGGGAUGACUCUCAACCAGGAUAUGAUGCAUGGAGAGCAGAACGGAAUCGUAUCGACGAAGAUCGCAUCAGCAGGCAAAGAACGGCGGAAGGCAAUUGGCGCAGAGAAUGGGAUAAUGAUAAAAUGCAUAUUAUAGACGACGUAACGAAGAAAACAACAAGGCCCGUAUUGGCAGACUUUACAAAGAAAGAUCAUAAAGACUCUGACAGGAGAUACUAUACGAAUAAUAAUGAAUAUGCUAAUCAUACCCGAGGCGGAAGUCGCGGUUCUCAUCGUGGUUCGUCGAAGAACUUUUACGGGAAUUACGAGAACCGAUCUCACAAUACAUACGAUCAACAUAGAAACAAUGCAGCGAUGCCAGCAAAAAUUCCAUUGUCUCCAACUUCGGAAGGAAGAACAGUUACUGCAACCGAUAAAAGUAUCAAGGUUACAGUUAAUCAAAGCAACGUAUCGAAAGGUCCGAUGAUGAGCGUCAAAGUGAACACGCCAAAUAUAGUUGGAACUGGGAGAGUCGGGCCACGACAGAGGUCUCGCGUUACGUAUAGCAGCUAUUUGGAUACCGAAGCACCAAUGUCAGAAGUUGAACCUUUCUUUCGUCAAAAGUCAUUUGAGGAUAAGUCAAAGGGAACCUAUUUCAAUAAUCAGAAAUCUCCUAAUGUAAAAAGGUCUCAGUCUCUGAAAAAGAAGGACGGCGAAUCAAAGUAUUUAUAUAAUCCGAGGAAAGAAAUGAGAAAAGAAGAUAGUGAUACUAAUUCUCAGAGGCACCAUGAAAGCGAGGUUAGAUCUUACGCGCAGAAAGAUUUGCAAAAAUCUCAUUCUGCUAAAUCGCCGAAGCUCAUGAGAAGAAACGCAAAUGCAAUGAAACAGGAUUCCUCGAACGAGAAUGUCCCGAGCAAAUCCGAAACUCGUGAAUGCUUGAAUAAUGAUUCAACGGAACAUGAAAAUAACGUUAUAAUUGAGAAUAGCGAGACGUUAGAAACAUUCAAAUCCGCUCUAAUGAUUCAUCAUACUAAAGUAUCUGAUACAGACAGUGAAGAACAAACUGUUAAAAAUGAGAUUACAAGCGAUACAGCAGCAAAACAGGAAACGGAAGAAACUUCUUUGACUACUUUGUCGCAUAUAGAAAAUUUUGAUGGUACUACCAAAUAUGAUAUAAAUAUAAACAGUCUCGAGAACGUAAGUGAUUAUUCGCAGUUGCUUGUAAAUAAUUUAACAGACGAUUUACAAGAAUGUAAUAUGUCUUCCGAGGCGUUGGUUCCGAAUAAUGUUAAGUGCGAAAAGGAACUUCUGCCAAAUGAAAGCAAUAACGUCUCCAACGAUAUCGUUGAGCUAGGAGAAGAAGCAUUUUCGAACAAAGAUAAUCAGCAAUCAUUGGAACAAGUCAGCCAGGAACUUGUGCCAAACGAAAGCAAUAAUGUCUCUGACGAUAUCGUUAAGUUAAAAGAAGAAGGACUUUCGAGCAAAGAUGAUCAGCAGUUAUUGGAACAAGUCAGCCAGGAACCUGUGCCAAACGAAAGCAAUAAUGUCUCUGACGAUAUCGUUAAACUAGGAGAAGAAGCACUUUCUAGCAAAGAUGAUCAGCAGUUAUUGGAACAAGUCAGCCAGGAACCUGUGCCAAACGAAAGCAAUAAUGUCUCUGACGAUAUCGUUAAACUAGGAGAAGAAGCACUUUCUAGCAAAGAUGAUCAGCAGUUAUUGGAACAAGUCAGCCAGGAACCUGUGCCAAACGAAAGCAAUAAUGUCCCUGACGAUAUCGUUAAACUAGGAGGAGAAGCACUUUCUAGCAAAAAUGAUCAGCAGUUAUUGGAACAAAUCAGCCAGGAACCUGUGCCAAACGAAAGCAAUAAUGUCUCUGACGAUAUCGUUAAACUAGGAGAAGAAGCACUUUCUAGCAAAAAUGAUCAGCAGUUAUUGGAACAAAUCAGCCAGGAACCUGUGCCAAACGAAAGCAAUAAUGUCUCUGACGAUAUCGUUAAACUAGGAGGAGAAGCACUUUCUAGCAAAAAUGAUCAGCAGUUAUUGGAACAAGUCAGCCAGGAACCUGUGCCAAACGAAAGCAAUAAUGUCUCUGACGAUAUCGUUAAACUAGAAGGAGAAGCACUUUCUAGCAAAAAUGAUCAGCAGUUAUUGGAACAAGUCAGCCAGGAACCUGUGCCAAACGAAAGCAAUAAUGUCUCUGACGAUAUCGUUAAACUAGGAGAAGAAGCACUUUCGAGCAAAGAUGAUCAGCAAUCGUCGGAACAAGUCACUGAACAAUUUGCAAAUAAUAACUUUGAUGAUAUCAUAAAUGAAGAUACCGAACAACGAAGUGCACUAGCGACAACCGAUGCCGCUAUUCUUUUGGAGAUCGAAACAUAUUCUGUGAUAGGAGCUAAGAAUCAAUCAAUUAACAACGAGUUAAUAGAGGAAAAAACACCGAUCGUAGGUGAAAAAAUAGAUGAAAGCGUUGACAACUCUAAUAUAAACUUAAAAAACGCUGCAAAUUCGAAAAUAAAUGCGGAUAAUAUUCUUAGCGACGUGAACGUGAAUGGAAAUUCGACGGAAAUGAAUAAAGAGAAAACAGAAAAGAUACAAGACGUGGAGGAAGAACUGUAAAAUAUUACAAUAAGAAAACAGUAUCAGUUAUCAAUAAUACACUCAAAUCGAUUAUAUCGAUACAUUUUUUAGUAUUGAAAACAUUGUCGUAGCUCGCUUCUGUCGGAAAUAUUCUCCCGAUACAUAAUCAGGAGUAGAUUUUACGACAACGACAGACAUCGUCACAUUUCCUUUUAAUUAUUAGAAUUUAAAUUGUUACUUUUGAAUUUCUUAUCGUUCUUAAGCAAUUUUCGAAAGCAGAAGAAAACUAACGUUUAAUUUAUUGAUUCAUUGUCGUCCAUGAGAAUUAGAAAUAUCGUCAUAAAUUGUUGAGUCUGUUGGUCAGGACUAUUAAAAGAUAUUUUAGAUACUUUCAAGACUACGCUUUCGGAAUUCGCUGAUUAACUAAGUGAUACUAAUUGCGCACAAUCAUAUUGAUGUUACUUGUUUAAUCCUUUACGGCUUUACUUCUAUCAUUUUCCUACGAUACUGUCGUUAUAAACGAAAAGCUGUUUUUUUUUUCUUUGUUAAACACGUACUAACGAAAUAAUGUAUGAAUCCAACCGAAGUGUAAUACUCUUUACGUUGUAAAAGAUUUACUUUUAUUUUUCUAUUUUUGUGGGAUGAAAUUCCGCAAAGGAUUUAACGCACUCAAAGUUAAUUGUUACAGCGCUUUCGUGUACGUAGAAAACAAAAUUAUGACUUAAAUUUCUGAUAUUUUGUAUAAAAUUCUACGACAAUAGAUCGCACUUGAAUAAUAUUUUUAUAAUUGGCUAUAAUGAUUAGCUAUAUAUUAGACAUUUAUAUGUGUAUAUCUUUUAAAUAUCCUAGAAGGAAAAAAAGAAGAAAAAUUAACACGUCGAUAUCCCGAGAACUGUUGAUUCAAAAGCAACAGUCACGUAUAAUAUUCUAAACGGUACACUAUGUUUAUUUGAUCUUAAAUAAGGAUCAAUGUUAUGAUACUUUAUAGUCUAUACAUAUAUAUACAUAUUUAUUUACAUCUUUUUACUAAAAGAUUAUUUAUUGUAUGUUUCUUUUUUUUUUUAUUAUAUAAUAUUUUUGUUAAGUUCUUGCUUUAUGUUUUCAAUUUUAUUUACGACAUGAGUAACUAAUCGGCUAAUGUAUAAAAAUCGCACCGCCACAUAUUAAGUAGAAAAGAAGGAAUUAUAAAAAUAACUGAAAGAUGAAGAUAAUUAUGACUUAUGGAUCUGUCUAUCUAUGAUCUUGCUUUUGCAAAAAAAGAAGAAAUUAGCGAAAUAAAUUGUUAACCUUGGAAGUUUCUUUAAUGAAAUGUAACUACGUUUGCGUUUAAAUUUUUAAAUAUUUCCACGCGUGAAAUUAUACGCAUAAAAUUUUCUUUUUUCUUUUCGAUCGCUAAUUUUUUUCAGCAAAAUUGCAUUAUUUUCAUAUGUUAAGUGCCAUCGUGAUAUUUCUUUUUUUU